AUUUUUGAACUUUCCAGGCGUUUUUUCUCCUCAUAAAAAACAAAAAUGUAAAGUGGUAAAAGGGGUCAAAGCCAAAAAGUGAAUGACUUUAUACACCUACUCACAUACAAGUAUAGUGCCAGUAAAAAGACUGUGAACUCUUUUGUUGUUAUUCAUUUCUUAAACCCCAAGUGCAGAGGCAAUUUUCAAUAGGUGGAAGUGUGUGAUAUACUAAAUUUUGACAUUCUUUCAGUAUAGCAAUGAGCUUCAGUGGCUCUACAACAGGCUCUGGUAGCAGAACGACUCAAACAUCAUGGGAAUUUGGGAGGACUCAUGUUGUUAGGCCGAAAGGAAAGCAUGAGGCAACUAUUGUUUGGCUACAUGGUCUAGGUGAUAAGGGCUCAAGCUGGUCCCAGCUUCUUGAAAGCCUUCCACUUCCUAAUAUCAAAUGGAUUUGCCCAACUGCUCCUACUCGUCCCGUUGCUGCCUUUGGUGGAUUUCCCUGCACUGCUUGGUUUGAUGUAGGAGAUAUUUCGGAAGAUGCUCCUGAUGAUUUGGAGGGCUUAGAUUUUUCUGCAGCACAUGUUGCAAAUCUCUUAUCAACAGAGCCAGCUGAUGUUAAACUAUGUGUUGGAGGAUUCAGCAUGGGAGCUGCAACUGCUCUUUAUUCAGCCACAUGCCAUGCAUUUAGGCAGUAUGGUAAUGGAAGCCCUUAUCGAGUGAACCUGAGCGCAGUUGUUGGCCUUAGCGGCUGGCUUCCUUGUUCAAGGACAUUAAGGCACCGUAUGCAAGGAAUGAAUGAUGCUGGAAGGCGUGCAGCAUCCUUGCCAAUUUUGCUCUGUCAUGGCACUGGUGAUGACGUUGUGGCAUAUCAACAUGGAGAAAAAUCUGCAAGACUUUUAAGCUCAUCUGGUUUUCAGAGUCUAACCUGGAGGACCUAUGAGGGGCUUGGUCACUACACGAUUCCUGAAGAGAACCAUGAAAUUUGUCGCUGGCUGUCCGCAAAUUUGCAACUUGGGGGGGCAUGAAAUGAAUUGCUGAAGCGCUGGUUUAUGUGGUUUACACGAAGAAGAAAAAAAUAACGUAGUGAAUGAACAGCUAGCCUAGGGAGAGUGGUUGAUGGUAUACUUGCAUUAUGCAUAUUAUUGUCUAUUAGUAUCUAUUGUAUCGGUAAAAAUAAAACACGUGUGGCUAUGCCAGUUCUUAUAAUAUGAUUUUUCCUCUUGAGAACCAAAGAAAUCAGUGUACCCUUGUUUAGUAACUUAAAAUGUAAUUUUGUGAAGCCCCUACUUGUAGUGGCCACUUGGUUGAAUGUAAGAGGCAUCGAAUCUUUAUAGGAA